CAUCACUGUGAAACCAUAACUCAUUACAGGAUAUGAAGGAAAAAUACAAUUUAGAUUACGAACUUUUGAGAAUAGUUGUAUCUUCAUUGACACAUCCGAGAGGAGAUAUUACCACUUCGUCUGUGAUUGCUGGUAAUUAACGAAAGCUCGCUCCAUCUCAUUUUAUAUUCAUUUUCCUGCUCUGAGUAAGAAGAACAGAGUUAUUUUCAUCGUACAAAACCAAUUAAGGUCAAACCUCUUCUAUCAUUACCGUUACUUGGCUGAUUGGUUUGCCUUCAGAACGAUAUGGCGAACUUCUGGCAGAUCAUCUAUAUCUUUGGAAUCAUUAUCUUACAACAGACAUCAUCAGUCUAUACAGUAUGCCCGAGACCAACUGGAGACGAAUAUGCAAAUACUAUUUUUAUACCUUCUAUGGAUGUAUAUGAAGAGUCCUCUUUUGUCGAGGUGACAUGUCAACCGGGAUACACAGGAGAGGGAUCACCCUCAAGCUAUUGUAGUAACGGGGACUGGUUACCACCGCCUUCAAUAUGCUAUAGUGACUGUGAGCGACCGGGGGUUUAUGAUGACGUCACAUACAGCCCGAAUGAAGAUAGUUACACACACGGCUCUCUUGUGACGUAUGAAUGUGUGGAUGCAAUGAGUGAUCUAUUAGGUGAUGGUCAAUCGGUUUGUGAGAAUGGAGUCUGGAAUCCAACACCAACCGUAGCUAAUCCAUCCUGCUCUGGAAUCCGGACAGUUCCACCAACGACUCGGCCACAGACGUCAGCUACAACAUCAGGAUUCACCACAAGCAACCAACUGCCAACUGACGCAACAACUCAAUCAGAAGGCACAACAGAUACUAAGAUGACCACCGUCACACCUCUUGAAAAAACAGAAGGAGUUCCAACUGGUUCCAUCUCACCGGAAAGUCCUACCACGGGUGAAUCUCUAACUCAAACAUAUACACCCCUCACUACAGAAGUUUCAGCCUCUUUCUCACCAACUUCUGUGAGUGAUCGUAUAACGGUCUCUGGAGAAAUUACUACAAUGUCUGGACAAACAGAUGAUGAUAGAACUGUUUCUGAUUCCACUGAGCUACCUGACAGGAGUACUGUAUCUGAUGACUUUACAGAUCAAACUAAAAGCAUUACCACCUCUGAAGCUACAGAUCUAACGGAAGUAAGUACUGUCUCUGAGGCUACGGAUCAAACUGAACUUAGCACUGUUACUGAUUCCCAGGAUCAAACCGAUAGUAGUACCGUUGCCGAUAAUACGGACGGUAAUACCGUCUCUGAGAUUACAGAUACAACCGAAGGUAGGACUGUUUCUAAGGCUACUGAACAAACUGAAAGUAGCACUCUUACUGAUGGUACGGAGGCAACUCAUGUCAGCACCGUGACUGGUGCUACGGAGCCAAAUGAGGACUCUCAGACAACAGGAGCUACUUCCAGAAUGCAAACAGGGAAUACAAACACCCAAGGAACAGAUCAACCCACAAAUGAACCAUCCCCAUCUGAGUCCGUCACAGGCAGCUUAGAGACAGAAUUUCCAAGAAUAUCCACAGCAACACAUACAGAGGAAACCCAGAAUCCUACCACAGUAACAGCUACAUUGGAGUCUGAGCACACAACACCUGAACAAUUAAGCGAUGUGACAACUGAUUCUUCUGACACAAGUAGCACAUUGAGGCCAAUUACAGACUUGAAUUCUCAGGCUACGAAUGAUAUUCAAACAACAACUCAAGACCAAACAGACAUGACCGCUUUAUCAACAGACGAUGCAUCAGCAGAAACAACCGCGAGUUCCCACGCUACCAUGACGACACUGCCAUCAGGGUCUCAGGGUAUGACUUCUUCUGCAUUAGGCACCGGCCCUCUAGAGUCUGACCCAACAAUGAUAUCUACAGAAAGGUUCUCAUCACAACAUACAGAUGAUGCCAUUACCAGCCGUCAGACUGAAGCGCCCUCUAUGACCACACAAGCAAUAUCCAACAUGAGCACAGACGAGAUGGAAACCGUUCCGGCAGGAACGUCUGAUGAAACAACUCAUGAGCCAACUGAAGGUGUGACUUCUUUAACGGACAUGGUGGACGGUACUACUGCGGAAGAUCUCACAACCAUCUCAACCGAUGCUUCGACCAAUCCAAGAACAACCAGUAGGCCAAAGACAACUGCAAAGGAAGAAAUGACCACCAUUCAGACAACUCCACCUGUCGAGGACCUAUGCAAUGGUCAGUGUGAUGAGACCAGAGAGAUCUGCGUAGAAACAAGCUGUGAAUGUCGGGAGGGCUUUCAGAGACCUUACGAAGAAUCAACAUGUGAACCGACAACAUUCUAUAGCAUAAGCAUGACGAUACUGGAGAUUGAUGGUGUUACCGCUAUUUUAACAAGCGAUCUUCGCACGACUGGAAGUAACGCUUUUAAUGCCUUACAGUUAACUAUUUGCACAUCGGUAACUACGCUGCUGGACGGUGUCUUUAAUGGUUUUAAGACAUGCUCCAUCACUGGGUUUACUGCAGGAAGUAUCAUCGCUGAUAUCAAAUUGGGCUUUACAAAUACAACAGGAGUUGACGUGGCAGCUAUACUCGACGCUGUAAUGACGAGCGAACUCUAUCAAACAACUAACUCAAAUUUCACUAUCAAUCCAAGCGAAACUUCUGUUACCCCUACUGAUGAAUGUGAAUUAGGUCUUGAUGAUUGUUCCUCUCGUGCUGAUUGUAAAGACCUCGCUGAGAACUCUUUCACAUGUAAAUGCUGGGACGGUUAUGCGGACUAUUCGCCUGACGGUUAUGAUGGAAGAAACUGUGCAGCAUAUAACUGGAAGUUAAUAGCCAUCGUUGUUGGAUCGUGCGCGGGCGCCUUACUCCUGGCGUCCUGUGUGAUGAUAGUUUGUGGAGGCAACAUCAUCAAGAGAUGUACUGAAAGGCCAAAGGUCAUUACCAGUGGAACAAAACCAGCCCCGAAGCACGACGUAGGUGUCACAACCGAUGACACACAGGACAUCAUACCUUGGCAUCACCGUGAGAAAGACGAGCAGAUCUUCUAUGCGCAUCACGUGGAUGGUCAGGAAGCUCGACGUCUGAACACGGCUCGUAGUGUCCGAGGAAGCGAAACGUACGACAACGGCGAGUCGUACGACCUUGACGACUACAGGUCAUCUAAAACUGACCAAGAAGAUAGAUAUGUUCCUAUUGUCAUGUAGAAUCAGACAAUGAUGCAAUGAAGCCUAUCAGAGUUAUGUUAAUUUGUCACAAGUGACCCGGAGAUGGUGUAGUAUAGUAUCCACAAUGUAGUAGUAUAACAACAUUCCUUGAUUACCCCCACGCAGAUAAACCUGAUUAUCACUGGAAGCGCACAUUUUAUUGCUGACAAAAUAACGAUAAGAGAUAUAAUCAUAAAAAGAUAUUAAUAAAACACAAAAAUAUUAGGCAGAAUUUUCUACUGUUUAUGA